CGGUCACGCUAGGUCUGAUCUUGGAUUUAUUAUGGUGUGAAAAUUCCGGAGCAUAAAAACAGUUGAAAUCGUUGUAUGUGCCAAACCCCAGAAAAGAGCCGGGAAUCCAAGUCAGCCACCUGUUGAACAUAAUUCAACCACAGCAUAAUGGACAAGUUGCGCCGCGUGCUGAGUGGAGAUGAGCCCACUCCGGAAGAGGAGAGCAGUAUCAUUACACAGAUUAACGACAUGUCCACUUUAAGUUGGUCCACUCGCAUCAAGGGAUUUAUCAUCUGCUUCGCCUUGGGUAUUUUACUUUCCCUACUCGGCUCGGUUGCCCUAUUUUUGCACAGGGGAAUUGUGGUCUUUGCGGUCUUCUACACCCUAGGAAACGUCAUCUCAAUGGCCAGUACUUGCUUCCUCAUGGGUCCCUUUAAGCAGAUCAAGAAAAUGUUUGCGGAAACCCGGCUGAUCGCAACCAUCAUAGUACUCGUCAUGAUGGUCCUUACGUUCAUAGCUGCUAUUGUGUGGAAAAAGGCUGGACUCACGCUAAUUUUCAUUAUCAUACAAUCUCUGGCCAUGACCUGGUACUCGCUGUCGUACAUCCCCUAUGCCCGCGAUGCGGUCAAGAAGACCGUAUCGGCAAUCCUGGAGGUCUAGAAUCAGUUGCGCUUCUGUACAUAACUCGAAAAAGCCAGAUUGGUUGGGAGCUUAAGCUAAGACAAUUAAAUCAUUUGUAUUAAUCUAGCACUAGAACAUAGCAAGUCCUUUAUAUUCUCUUAUUAACAAGUAA